AUGCUAGCACCGCCGCGACCCUCCUCCUUCAUCUGCGUGCCCCAAUCUUACCUCUCUCUUAUCUGCUGGUCGCACCCACGGCUCUCUCUCGCUGAAGGUAGCCACCACACUGGUCGCACCCACGGCUCUCUCUCACUGAGAGUGGCUCCUACAGUGAGCACAGGGUUGACACAUGAGAGCACCGCCGCCAUCACCAGCAUCUUCCCCACCCGUGGCUCCAGGGGCAGUGCUGGAGGAGAGGGAAGUAGAGGAGAGGAGAGGAGAGGAGAAGGAGAGGAGGGAGAGGGAGAGGAGAGGAGAGGAGGGAGGAGAGGAGAGGAGAGGAAUGGAGAGGAGAGGAGAGAGGAAAGGAGAGGAGAGGAGAGGAGAGGAAUGGAGAGGAGAGAGAGAGGAGGAAAGGAGAGGAGGGAGAGGGGAGGAAAACGAGAUAAGAGCAACAAGAGAAGUGGGAGAGGAGAGGAGAGGAGACGAGAGGAGCGAAAAGGAGAGGAGAGGAGAGGAGAGGAGAGGAGAGGAGUAGAGGAGAGGAGAGGUGAGGUGAGGUGA